GGUGUACGUCCGAACGGCAUAAAAAAUGUAUAAAAUCCUGUUUUGGUUAGUGAAUUUUUUGACGGUUUUUCUUUUCGUAUCUGGUGUUCCACAAGAUGUUCUUUUUACAUCGCAUGUUAAGAAACAAAAGCCAACAAAUAUAUUAAAUUAUGCUGGUAAAACGUAUUAUUUUGGAAAUGUCUUUAGGGCUAACUUUUAUGGUGCUUUCCAAUUUUGCCGCCAGCAAGGAAUGCAAUUGGUCAGCAUUAUGAAUGAUGCUGAAAACGAUAGAUUAGGAAAAUUUGCAGAUGAAAUAGGCUUGCAAUAUGAGCAUUUUUGGACUUCCGGAACCAACUUAGCCAAUUCCUACAGAUUUAUUUGGUUAUCAACUGGUAGUGCUAUAGUUUACAGUAACUGGUAUCCAGGUGAACCUUCUGGACAUAGCUCAGACGGAAAGAACUUGACCGAAAAUUGCGUAGAGGCAACCAGACUAGCUGGGCCCAAAGGGCUUUAUUGGAACGAUCGAUAUUGCUUGGACGAACUAAGCUUUAUAUGCGAAAAAUAUGGAAAUGAAUGUAGAAGAUGAAUAUGUUCGCAAAAUGUAAUUAACUGUAUGUUAUUAUAUUAA